ACCAAUCGGCAUUUUUCUUUGUGAGAGAUUUCAGUAUUAAGAAAAAGGAGAUUCCCUCGCCGGAAUAGUCACCGGAGAUAAAGAAAAAGAAUGGCGUCCCUGAAAUUUCCGUCGGAGAUUCUCGCCAUCUUCAUCAUCAUCUCCGUGAUUCUCUUGCCGAUUGCUCAUGCGCAAUCACCUUCGCCUGCUCCGGCACCCACCAGCGAUGGAACAUCGAUAGAUCAGGGGGUAGCGUAUGUUCUAAUGAUGGUGGCUUUGGCGUUAACUUAUUUCAUUCAUUAAACUUUACGGAUCUUCCAAUUUGUUAUUUCUUCACAAUGGUUGUGUUCUUCAUUAAUUUGACCUUCUUUUGUUUUAUUUUGUUUUUGUGACGUGAGAUUUGUAGAAAAUCAAAAGAUAGCUAGGUUCUGGACUCAUGUUUUUGUUCUGCUUUUGUUGGUUGGAUGAUUGGUGUAAUUUAUAUCUUCUUGUUUAAUGUAAAACGUGUGAUUAUAAUACUUUUUGAUAACCGC